AUGACGGCUGUCGCGAAUCCACCGAGUUUCCAGCAGAAUAACAGGUCACCAUGGGGCGCUAAUGUGGGCCAAGGAGGACUCAAUGCCAUGAACCCCGACGAAGUCUCUCGGAUGUUCAUGCCACGGAAAAGCGCUUCGCGCGCCAACUCGUCCUCGUCGAUCUCUUCAACAUCUUCUAAUUCUUCUACAUCAACAGUAGCUCAAGCUCCAGCGCCGCCACAAACGAAUGGAGUACCAAUGUCGACCUCAGGGGGUGAGUGGGGAGGGACUGCAGCCGCGAGAAAAAAGCCACAACGAGCAGGACCAUGGCCUACCACCAAAGCAGAAGCCAUAUCUGGAGUAUCUACGGCACGCCCGCAAUCUAUAUUAGCUACGAGUGGUCCUUCAGCUACAUCAGCAAUGACCUCAAUACACCAACCCUCCGCGAUCUUACCAUCUCAGCAUGUACCGCAAAACCCACCACAGCAACUAAACGGCGCGCGACCAGCUGCAGCCCCAGUCGGCGAAGCAAAUCCUGUUCUUUACCUCUUGUCUAUGAAUGGGACUUUCGAAAGGAAAACAAUAUCUGUGCCGUUCUACCCCGACAGUCUAAGAAUAGGGCGGCAGACGAAUGCCAAGACCGUACCAACACCCGCCAAUGGCUUUUUCGAUUCCAAAGUAUUAUCACGGCAGCAUGCAGAGAUUUGGGCAGACAGAAGUGGCAAGGUAUAUAUUCGAGACGUCAAAUCUUCUAAUGGAACCUUUGUCAAUGGCGCCCGAUUAUCGGCCGAGAACCGUGACUCGGAACCGCACGAACUAUCAAGUUCUGACCAUUUAGAACUUGGUAUCGAUAUCGUCAGUGAAGAUCAGAAAACUAUAGUUCACCACAAGGUAGCUGCAAAGGUGGAGCAUGCAGGAUUUCUGGGAGCCACAAACAAUGUUCUUGACAUGAACUUUGGGGACCUUGAUCCAGCGAAUGGCGCAAUGAUGGUGCCUUCUCAGGGAUCGCUACAGAUGAGAGGGAGAUCCAGCAGCCAAGGCUCGGUAGGGAGUAAUGGGCGUAUGGGACCCCCAUCAAGUGUAGCCUCAAGUCAGAUGAGUGUGAUGGGUCACCAGCGGCCGAUGAACUUUUGGUUAACACCGGUUACCACGGAGAUGAUCGUAAAAAGAUUAACAAACGAGAUGAGAAUAGCCAGGGCGCAGACCAAUGAUCUUAGUCGGGCAGAUGGCUUUCUGGAGUCUCUCGUCACGAAGAACGAUGUUAAAGAGGAACCAAAGGAACCAUCUUUAGAAGGCAUCAAGAUUCCUCAUGUUAAUGGGGGCUCUUUGCCAUUCAGAGACGCGAAACCUCGAUUUUCAGAUCCCCCGGCUCCACCACCACAACAACCUCUUCCGGAAAAACCAGACGUCUCACGGCCACCACCGUUUGAGCCGUCAUCACCAUCCUUUAAACGAACCAAUACUGAAAGGCCUCGAUCUGUUCCAAAUGUGUCGCCAGUUCGUCAGGAAAAUUCAAGUCAGAUCAUCUCAUUAGUUGAAGCUCUUGCAUCAUCUAAAAAGGAAAUUGACGCUCAAGGUGUUCGUUUGCGUGACCUGGAGGAGAUGCUUCGGAAGGAGAGGCAAGCACGGGAAGUCGCUGAAGACCUAGCGAAAAGGCUGGAGCAGCAAUUGGCUGAGAAGAGUAAUGAUCAGCCGGACCUUCCGUCAGUUGUCGAAGAAGCAUCCGAACCACCAGUCACGUCCACCGAAACCAUAGAGAAGGAGGCACAUGACAGUCUUCCUAAUGGAAAGGCUGUGGAUCCUAACGCAAUUUCCGAUUCUACUUUAUUGUUGGAAAAGCGAUUGGAGACCAUGAUGGCGGAUAUGCUGGCAUUGAAGGACCAGAUGGACUCAUUCAAGAGUCGCGCGGAAAAUGCCGAGUCUGAGAGGGAUCAAGACCGAAAGACUUUGGCUGAAAUGGUGGCUAAAAUAAGGGCAGAUGAGCUUAGACCAUCUUCUAGAGGUCGAACGAACUCGACAUCUAGCGGCAAACUUACGACCGAAAAUCUACUCAACGGGAACCACGGCGAGUUCAAUGCGGUGUUACUGCCUCUUCUAGAGAAAUCCGGUUUAACCAACGGCCAUGCAAUCACUGCUGACGACACUCUGCACCCCAGCAAUUCGGCGGUUCGCACAUUAUCUCGGUCGCCCGCAAACAACCGCUCAAUGAGCUAUCACGCCACACCGUAUGCCUCUAUAAUUGGCGUGGUGUUUGUUGGGAUGAGCGUUAUGUAUUACAUGAAUGGAUGGCAGCCACCAAAAGUUGACCGAUAG